AUGGUCUUCAUAUCGUUCUUCCACGUUUCACUGUUCUUUAUCAGUCUCAAAGACUCGUUUGCGAUGAAUCGCAUACACAACCCAAACACUACUUUUUUGACCUCCAACCUGACCCUGUCUUCUCUGCCGAUCAACCCUUCCGGUGCCAACACGUCUUUGACCCUCCCAACGGUCCAUUGCGAUGGAGUUACCUACAGAAGCAAUCUCCUGAGUGCUAGUUGCGCCGAUGCCUACCGUACAAUCCCCAGGACAACCAAACUACUCACAUUCGGCGAUAGGGAAGAUGGAGACUUCGAGGUCCCUCUGCCUUACAGAUGGGUAAGCUCGGAUGGACUGUGCAUCUUCGAGAUCGCAAAGAUCGCCGAUACUCCGGUGGCGUAUGCGACCUUGCGGGAUUUUGAGCGAGCGGCAUUUAUGCUCCUGACUACAUGUUUCGCAGAUGGUAGAACGGAAGGAGGGAUCGCUGGUAACCUAGGACCUGGAGUACUGAGUCUCGGCCUAAUCAUGACCUCUAACCGCCAAAACGUACAAUGUACCGGGCCCACCGGCCCUCCACGGGAUUCCUGUUACUCGAUCAUAGCCACAAUGCCCGCGUUGAAGGAACAACAGUUGUUCAGUCGUAGCCCGGGAGGCCAUGUGAAUGUGAGGAUACCAGACAGCUUCGAAUCACAAGACGGAAGGUGUAUAGUCACUCUUGAUACUAUCGGGCGGGAAGAUAUCGCCACCUGGUAUGAGGUCUGGGCGGCCGUGAUGGCGGUUGAUGAUAUGUGCAUGAGGUUUGGAAGGGUUGGGAAGGCGAUGGAGAUCGGAGCCUUCAGGAGGCUCUUUCUUGAGAUCAACUUUCAUGUAGGGCUUUUUUGA